AUGGUUUAUGGCUCUGACGAUGUCGGUCACAUGAUGGACAAAAACUCAGUACAGAGUCAUCGGAGUCGGAGGAUGGUGAGCCGAGGUUCUCUUCGCAUAGUCCAACAGACAAAAGUCCAAGACAACCAUCCUGUGGUAUCCCGUGGGGCCAAUCAAGUAAUCUUCUUGACCCGCCUUCUCAAACGAAAUGAAAGGUGUGCACGUUUUAACGACUUGAGUGUGGCGCCAUCCUACCUCUGUUCACUUUGUUCCCCCUCUCGAUUGGCCGACCCGACUCGGGCCUCCUAUCCGGAUCUGCCUCAUAGGUCCGUAGGCCCUAUUUCUUAUGCCUUCAGUAGCAAGUACGUCGCCUUACCUGGGGAGCGCCUAGGCUCUGAUUGCAUGCAUGGGAUAUUAGGCAUUGCCUUCACGGGUCAUCCUGAUUCAACUCGUGUAUCCUGA